CGAGACCAGACCACCGUAUACUGGAGAGAAAGAAUCCUCCCUCGCCUCCCCACCCCGCCCCACCCAUGGCCUCCGCCGCCAGCACUGCCGCCGCCGCCGGGGCCCCGCUGCGCCUCCUCUCAUCCUCUUCCAACCGUAUCUCCAAGCCCUUCCUUCCCCGCCCCCACCGCCUCACCCUCUCCUCCCCCAUCUCCUUCCAGCGCCUCACAGCCCGGUCCGCGGCCUCCCCUUCCCCAUCCACCGCCACCUCGUCCCCGUCCGGCUCUGUCGACCCGGCGCAACUGCCCCCCGCGCUACGCGACAUCGUCGGCCUCUUCCAGUCCGUCCCGGACGCGCGCACCCGGUACAAGCAGCUCCUUGCCUAUGCCGCGCGCCUGCCGCCCAUGGACCCGGCGCUCAAGACCGACGCCAACCGCGUCCGGGGUUGCGUCUCACAGGUCUGGGUCCACGCCGAGCCCGACGAGGGCGACGCCGGCCGCCGCAGCGUCAGGUUCCACGCCGACUCCGACGCGCAGCUCACCAAGGGCCUCGCCGCGCUGCUCGUGCUAGGGCUCUCUGGCGCGCCCGCCGCGGAUGUGGCCAGGGUGCCCGUUGACUUCAUCGAGCUGCUCGGGAUCAGGCAGAGCCUCUCUCCCUCCAGGAACAGCGGCCUGCUCAACAUGCUCAGCCUCAUGAAGCGCAAGGCACUUGAGAUCGCCGGUGGUGACUCAACGUCAAGUCAGCAAUCUGUCCAAGAGGUUACCAGACCGCGUCUAGUGAACGGGAAAGAGCCUGAAUUUGCAGCUUUCGAGGUGCAAGAAAAGGAAAAGGAAAGGCCACAGGAUGCAGAGAGGCGCGACGAGGAUGAACAAUUGGGUCAACUUCUACCACUUGAUGCAGAAGUGAAUGGUGCUGCGGGCGGUGGGAGGAAGGAGAGGAUAAGGGAGAGUUUGGAGAGGGCACUUUCUCCGGUAGAGUUGGAGAUUGAAGACAUAUCACACCUCCACAAGGGCCAUGCUGGCGUGGCUGGGACCAAUGGGGAGACACAUUUCAAUGUGAGGGUGGUGUCCAAGGAGUUUGAGGGGAAGAGCUUGCUCAAGAGGCACAGGGCUGUCUAUGAUCUCCUGCAGGAGGAGCUCAAGACCGGGUUGCACGCCCUGUCAAUCGAUGCAAAGACUCCAUCUGAAGUUUAGAAGGUGAAUCAUUGGAUUCCUCACGUUUGAUAUUGAUGGUGGGUCGCUGGAUCCAUUAUGCCUCACGCUGCAAUAGCAUUCUAAUAUUCAUUGGCAUUAGGGUUUGUUUGGAAUCAAGGAAUACAAAAUGGAAUACCAAACACGGGAAUAGAAAAAAAAAUAACGAAGGAAUAAGAUGAAGUGGAUAGUGAAGAGCUAUGGUUUCUAAACAAUAGGAAUGGAUAUUUGAAGCUGUUUGCAUUGGAUGAAAAGAAGUACAGGAACAUGAGCAAGCAUAGCAAGAAGGAGAGCAAAGAUUCUUUCCCUUAGGUUGGAGUGGAUGUUCUCUUUCCUAUAUUUUGUACUACCAUGGUUUUCUUUCAUUUGGAAGGGAACUCAACAUUCUUUCAUUCCAAACA